AUGUCGGCGCAGAACCAAAGGUUUCCGUUUGGCAGACUUACAGGACUGGAGGAAGGGUUUGCUGCAAGAGCGGUUUCUGGUGGAGAACCAGACACACAGCCAAAGCGCCCCAGGAGCGCAGGACCAGGAACUCGGCCAGUUGGCGGGCCGCGUUGGCGCGUCACGCCUCGGGUGCCGAGAACCUUCGAGUCCGUGAUUCGAUCGGGUGAGAGCUCAAGGCUAUUAGGCCCAAAGCACGACUCCUUUAAGGAGAAAGUGCAACAAGUGUUAGAGCAGGACAAGAGCAUCCGACAAGAGGACGACGGCACGGUGCAACAAUGCUAA